UUUAGUUUCGGCGUGAUUGUUAUUGUAGCUCUUGCCUACGUAUAAAAUUUGGUGUUUGUGAAUUGUGUUCGUCACACACACACACACACACACACAUAAGCAAACACACGCACGUCAAAAAUCCACACUCGGACGCCAUCUUGUUUCGAAACUCGCCUAAAGAACCUCGACGGUUGGAACUUGGAAAGUUUCCGGUCAUUCUCUCGCGUUUACUUGCGUGAGAAUCAUUGUGAGUAUUAAAUCUCUAAACGCCAACCUUGCUCCGAAAGUGCCCGGACUCUAUCGAGAGAAGCAAAAGGGAGCGUUCUUAUAAAGCUUCUGAUCUCUUCAAGAAAGACACAGAGGAAACAUGUCCCGCAACGACAGUCGUAACGAAUGCAGAAUAUACGUUGGUAACUUGCCGCCAGACAUACGCACCAAAGAUAUCCAGGACCUAUUCUACAAGUUUGGAAAAGUCGCCUUUGUCGAUUUGAAAAACCGACGCGGACCUCCUUUUGCAUUCGUUGAAUUUGACGACCCGAGAGAUGCAGAAGAUGCAGUUCAUGCUAGAGAUGGAUAUGACUAUGAUGGAUACCGUUUGAGAGUAGAAUUCCCUCGUGGAGGAGGACCUAGCAGCAGUUUCCGAGGAGGUGGUGGUGGUGGUAGAGGAGGUGACAACAGUCGAGGCAGAGGUGGAGAUAGUGGAAGAGGACGUGGUCCACCUGCCAGAAGAUCUCAGUAUAGAGUACUUGUUACAGCUUUACCACCAUCCGGUAGUUGGCAAGAUUUGAAAGAUCACAUGAGGGAGGCUGGAGAUGUCUGUUUCGCUGAUGUCUAUAAAGAUGGAACUGGAGUUGUUGAGUUUUUACGUUAUGAUGAUAUGAAGUAUGCUGUCAAAAAACUUGAUGACUCUAAAUUCAGAUCUCAUGAGGGUGAAGUGACUUAUAUCAGAGUCAAAGAAGACCAUGGUGGAAGUGGUGAUCGUCGCAGCGAAGACAAAGAUAGAGGUCGUAGCCGUUCCCGAAGCUACAGCCCACGUCGUCGUGGUUCACCUUCUUACUCGCCUGUAAGAAGAAACCAUUCACGAUCGCGAUCCCGCUCACGAUCACGUUCAUAUGAUUAGAGUGUACGUAUCACAAAUAAUGCACUCUGUACGAACGACCCAGCACAGUGCUUUAAGCUAUAUUCAGUUUAUAACACUUUCACUAAUUCAUUUCAAUUAAUCUUAAAAUUUUAAUAAAGCAUAUUCGCAUUUGUGUUUGGAGCUCUUCAAAUAUUCACCAACGAACUUCAAUUAUGUAUUAUAGAAACUAAUAGUAGCUUAUGGUUCACCUGUACCUUGCCCUAAUAUGAAUUUUUAAUGUUUUUUUUUUAAUGGUAUGGUAUUUUUUUAAUUACAAAUAUGAUUCAAAAAUUACAUACAUGAGAUACAUUCCGCGAAUAUUUGUAAUUAAAAUGUGAAUCUUGAAUUAUGUUAUAUAAGAACUUUGUACACUUGACUAUGCUCCUAAAUUUAAAAUAAUUCGGAAACGAACUUUGGCUUAAAUUGAACUCAUGAUUUGAAUCGUGACUGAAAUGCUAAGUAUCAAAUAUUUGAUAUGUUUCAUGAAAAACUAUUCAACAAGGUAGAAAAUGUUUUGAAAAAAAUAAUAACCCAUAAGCUUGUGAUAAAUUUCAAAGAAGACUAUCAUUUUCUAUCUUGUAAAUAUGGAAUAGACUAGAAAUAAGAUUAAUGAAAUGUAAGAGACUUUGAAAAUUAAUUGUACUGAAACAUUUCAAAUUCCAAUAUAACUUCAAAUAACUCAAUUAUAUAAAUAAUUUUUUAUUUAUUAAACCAUAAUAGUCAUUCAA